CAUGAUAUUGAUAUUCUUCCACAGGGUGAUGCUACUGAAAUUGGAGAGAAGGUUUUUUAUUUCUUAUAUAAAUUUAUGUAUUUCAAAGGGCAUUAAUUUGUCUGGGGGACAAAAAGCUCGUAUCAGCUUAGCACGUUGUGUAUACCAAAACCCUGACAUUUACUUCCUCGAUGACCCUCUUUCUGCUGUUGACAGUCAGGUCGGAAAUGAAAUAUUCAAAGAGUUGUUUGGCCCAGAAGGCUUGUUAAGGCAUAAAACGCGUUUAUUAGUUACAAAUGAAUUGUCUUUUCUACCUUCUUCUGAUUUUAUUCUCAUCGUUAAAGACGGACGUGUCAUUUCCUCUGGUACUUAUACGGAAUUGUCGCAAAAUGGAACAUUGAAUCGUUUAUUUUAUGACGUCAAUCUGGAACGACUUAAAUCGACUACCACUUCGCAUACUUUGGACGAACAAAAUGAUAUGGACAAUGUUAGUGAUGAUACUGACGAAACAUUUAUGGAUGAAAAUGCUGCUGAUGUUGAGAAUUUGAUGGGUGCCUCUGUAAUGUCUACUGUUUCAACAAUUUUGGCAAAACGCAAAUAUAGUACUUCAACUUCUUAUAGAAGAAGAAGACCCACGAUGCGAGAAAGUUCUGAACCUUCUCUUGAUGUGCCAAUUAUGCGACAACUAACUGGAGUGGAGAAAGUUGAAACUGGACGGGUAAAACCUGCAGUGUAUUUGGGUUAUUUUCGUGCAAUGGGCUUUUGUCUUUCUGGUCUUUUCUUUUUGGGAAUGAUUCUCAGCACUUUGGCUUCAAUGUCUCGCAAUCUUUGGCUCACUGAAUGGUCUAAUGAUCAGUCUCCAACAGGACACCCUUCUAAUGAAUCGCAGCCUGUAUCUGUUAGAUUAGGCGUUUAUGCAGGAAUUGGAUUUUUAGAAGGUUUUUCUUUUCUUUUUAUAAAUAAUUUUAUUACAGUCUUUCUUAUGUUCUUCGGUAUGUCCUCUCUAUUGUUUGGAGGCGUUUCAGCAAGUAAGAAUCUACAUGCACCACUUUUGCAUGCCAUAUUUCGUGCACCAAUGUAUUUCUUCGACACGACUCCAUUUGGGCGAAUACUUAAUCGAAUCGGAAAAGAUAUUGAAACUAUUGACUUUUUGCUUCCUUAUAACGUGCAAUUUUUUGCUCAAUGUGUAUUACAGGUUCUUUCCACACUAAUUAUAAUUCUGAUCUCAACACCAAUGUUCGGUAUUGUUGUUAUCCCAUUGGCGAUUUUCUAUGUUUGUGUCUUGAAAUAUUAUAUUUCUACAUCUCGGCAGUUAAAAAGGCUGGAGUCGAUUACGCGUUCACCCAUUUAUUCACAUCUUAGCGAGUCAAUUAAUGGUGCUCCUACAAUUCGUGCAUAUGGACAAACCGAUCGUUUUUCCCGUAUAUUGCAACAGAAAGUUGAUGCGCAUGUUCAGUGUCGCUAUCUUAAUUAUGUGGCAAACCGAUGGCUCAGUAUCCGUUUAGAAUUCAUAGGCAAUUGUGUUGUACUUUUUGCUGCUUUCUUUGCAGCCAUUUCACGUGGUUCAAUAAGUGCUGGUGUGCUCGGACUUUCUGUUUCAUACUCAUUGAAUAUAACUUUUGUCCUAAAUUUUGCUGUACGCCAAAUCAGCAAGCUCGAAACCAACAUUGUUUCUGUUGAACGUGUUAACGAAUAUUCUAACACAAAGCCCGAAGCUGAAUGGAUUACCGAGCCCUCCAAAAGGCAGCCUCAGAAUUGGGCUAAUCAUGGGAAUAUAGAGUUUCGUGACUAUUCUACUCGAUAUAGAUCUGGACUUGAUUUGGUUAUCUACCAUUUGAAUGCACAAGUACAAGCAAGGGAACGAAUUGGCAUUGUGGGCAGAACUGGGGCCGGUAAGAGUUCAAUUACUCUUGCUCUUUUCCGUAUGGUUGAGCCUUGUUCUGGUACAAUCUUUAUUGAUGGUGUUGAUAUUACUGAUUUGGGACUUCAUGAUUUGCGUUCAGCCAUCACUAUAAUUCCGCAAGAUCCAAUUCUUUUUUCUGGCACUCUUCGUUUUAAUUUGGAUCCAUUCGAGCGGUAUACAGACCAAGAGAUUUGGACUGCGCUAGAGUUUGCAAGUCUGCAAGAAUUUGCAGCAGCACAACCAAACAAGCUUGAACAUGAAAUAACAGAAGGUGGAGAGAAUAUAAGUGUCGGUCAACGCCAAUUGGUUUGUCUAGCUCGUGCUUUGCUUCGUGCACCGCAUUCCCGUAUUUUGGUAUUAGAUGAAGCAACGGCUGCUGUUGAUGCUGACACUGACAUGCGAAUUCAACAGUCCAUUCGCGAGCAUUUUUCACAUUGCACAGUGUUAACUAUUGCACAUCGUCUGAAUACAAUACUUGAUUAUGAUCGAGUUUUAGUUAUGGAACAGGGCCGAGUUAAAGAAUUUGAUUCACCACAGACACUCCUUUCCAAUCCAGAUUCUGAAUUUUCAAAACAGGCAAAACAUGCAGGAAUACUUCCAUCUUCAUUGACUUCUGGCAUUUCUUUUUGA